AGGCGGAAGCGGAAGCGACGGCGCGGUCGGGGCAGGUCCGUGCCUGGCACCCCACGUGUGAGGGUUGCUACAAUGGAAGUUAAAGGGAAAAAAAAAUUCGCAAGAAAGAAUACAAAGCCGUCUCAUGAAAAAAGCAGAUUCCAUAAGAGCAGUGAUUCUGGUUCUUCGCAGACCUUCCCAAGGAAAGUCCUCAAGGAAGAUGGGCAUAAAAUCACAUCGAAGAGCUUUGAGAAGAGUGCUGUGAAACCCGGGAAGAAGGGUGUGAAACAGUUCAAGAACAAGCAGCAAGGGGACAGAGGAUCUAAGAACAAAUCCCAGCCAGCAAAGAACUUCCACAAGAAGAGGAAGUUCCAGGCGGACGGUCAGAGCGAUGCAGAGUCAGCAGCCAAGAAACCCAAGUGGGAUGACUUCAAGAAGAAGAAGAAGGAGCUGAAGCAGAGCAGGCAGCUCAACGACAAGACCAACUACGACAUCGUUGUCCGCGCCAAGCACAUCUGGGAGAGCCUGAGGAGGAAAGAUUGUGACAAAGACAAACGAGUGAAGUUAAUGAGUGACUUGCAGAAGUUGAUUCAAGGGAAAAUUAAAACUAUCGCGUUUGCGCAUGAUUCAACUCGCGUGAUCCAGUGUUACAUUCAGUAUGGCAAUGAAGAGCAGAGAAAACAGGCUUUUGAAGAAUUGCAAGAUGAUUUGGUUGAAUUAAGUAAAGCCAAAUAUUCCAGAAAUAUCGUUAAGAAAUUUCUGAUGUACGGAAGUAAACCUCAGAUUGCAGAGAUAAUCAGGAGUUUCAAAGGCCACGUGCGGAAGAUGCUGCGGCAUGCGGAGGCGUCGGCCAUCGUGGAGUAUGCUUACAAUGACAAAGCUGUUCUGGAGCAGAGGAACAUGCUCACCGAGGAACUCUAUGGGAACACGUUUCAGCUUUAUAAGUCAGCAGAUCAUCCAACUCUGGACAAAGUGUUGGAGAUGCAGCCAGAAAAAUUAGAGCUUAUUAUGGACGAAAUGAAGCAGAUUCUAACCCCGAUGGCGCAGAAGGAAGCUGUGAUUAAGCACUCGUUGGUACAUAAAGUGUUCCUGGACUUUUUCACUCAUGCACCCCCAAAACUCAGAUCAGAAAUGAUUGAAGCUAUCCGAGAAGCGGUCAUCUACCUGGCACACACACACGACGGCGCCAGGGUGGCCAUGCACUGCCUGUGGCAUGGAACGCCCAAGGACAGGAAAGUAAUUGUGAAAACAAUGAAAACUUACGUUGAGAAGGUGGCUAACGGCCAGUACUCCCACUUGGUUCUGCUGGCCGCGUUUGAUUGCAUCGACGAUACCAAGCUGGUGAAGCAGAUCAUCAUAUCGGAGAUUAUCAGUUCCCUGCCCAAUAUUGUAAAUGACAAGUAUGGAAGGAAAGUCCUGUUGUACUUGCUGAGCCCCCGAGAUCCUGCGCACACUGUGAGAGAAAUCAUCGAAGUUCUGCAGAAAGGAGAUGGGAAUGCACACAGUAAGAAAGAUGCAGAGAUCCGCCGGCGCGAGCUGUUGGAGUCCAUUUCUCCAGCUUUGCUGAGCUACCUGCAGGGACACGCCCAGGAGCUGGUGCUGGACAAGUCGGCCUGUGUGUUAGUGUCCGGCAUCCUUGGAGCCGCCACUGGGGACGUCCAGCCUGCCAUGGAGGCCAUUGCCACCUUGGCAGCAGACCCGCUGCAUCCUGGGGGCAAGGAUGGAGAGCUUCAUGUCGCAGAACACCCCGCGGGACAUCUGGUUCUGAAGUGGUUAAUAGAACAAGACAGAAAGAUGAAAGAAAGCGGAAGACAAGGUUGCUUUGCAAAAACACUUGUAGAACGCGUUGGUGUCAAGAACCUCAAGGGCUGGGCCAGCGUGAACCGAGGGGCCAUAAUUCUUUCUAGUCUUCUCCAGAGCACCGACCAAGAAGUUGCUGGCAGAGUCCGAGCUGGAUUGAAAAGCCUAAUCCCCACACUGCAGAAAAACAAAAGCACCAGCAAAGGAGCAGAAAUUCUGCUUGAAAAAUUGACUGCCUAAGUGGGAAGGGUCAAGAACAAAAUGGGACCCUUUUUUCCUAUCCUGUGUUUUCCAAGCACCGAAGUGACAGGACCCAGCAUGUUGGUAAUUGGGUACUGUAUAUAUGAGUUGUUUGUGUAAGAACUUGUUUAUAUAAUCAUUUCCAUAAAUGGUCUUUUUUUGUAACAAAAUCUCUACUGUCUUGCAUAAAGUGGAAGUGAUAACAGGGCAGGUUUAGAGGUGUUGCAGAGUGAAGCAGCCCAUGUGUGUAUAGGGGGGACUGAAUGAGUUGAGGGGGUUCACAGCUUCCCUGGAGGAGGUUGCAUUGGAGAAACCGUUGUGCCAAAUAUGGGCGAAAUGUGGAAAAGAAGAGCCACUUUGUGGGAGCAAAACAGAAGAAAUAAGCGGCUUUGAACUGAACUUCAGGAAACCUUGAUCCCCUGUAGCCAAGGCAGCUGCAUUCAUAGCCACCUGAUGGGCUAGGUUCUGUGUUAGAUCUGUCUUCAAAAUCGCUCCAGUCACUUAGGCUCACAGAGGGAAAUGCAGCAAGAGAAUUAGGGGCUCACAGUGCGAAGGGCAGGCUGACUGAGGAAGUCUGCCUGUCUCUGGAUCCGGGCCUCCAGUAUGUAGAUUUGAAGUUUAAAACUGGUUGGUUCUACAGCAGAGCUUAGAAUGAUGGGUCGGUCUUCGGGCCGCAGCGGCCAUCCCUCUGCAUAGCUGUUUUCAGUAGAGUGUUGGCCUUUGUUUGCGUAACGUGCUGUGACAGAAGAGCCACUCGAGGCUGUCACUGCUGAUAGAGCCGCUGAUAGAGCCGCCGGAGGAGUGCUGCGCCUCUCUUGUCUGGAGUCUGUGUUUUCAGGAUUAUUUCCACGCUGGAGCGGCCAUGGCCCCACUGGCCACCUUGCUUCCUACCAGGAAGGGUGUUCCAUAACCGUUCCCGAAGAACGAAAGUUUGCAGACCUGUCCCUCGCCGAGCCAGGCCCCAGGAGGUGGGCCAGGGCACCGGGGCCUCUCGGAGUGGACCGAGGAGAUGAAUGGGCAAAAGGCUUUGGUGUCAUCUUGUAUUGUGAGCGGUGUUCAAGAAGGGAUCCACGCAGAGAGAAGAAACACACUUUCUACUACUUGGAAGCUAUGACAAUAACAUGUACAUGAUUUGAAAAGUGCUUGGAGAAGCUUGUAAGAGCCGCAACAGCCCUUUGUCUGCCCUACUCCCCUGCCUCAUCUCCAAGAUGACGGUCCACAUUGACUGACGGGUAUUGAUCCGUUGUUAAGCCUUUGCUUUUGACUUCCUUUGCUGAAGAAAGCAGACUGAGAACCUGGACCACUGCUGCUCGUUCCCUUCCCAGUAGAACUGCAUUAUUUUUGAUGAAUCAUUGUCCAGGGUUUACGUUAUUAGAGCUGCAUAAAUUGUUAAAUAUU